CGUUGGGAGGAAAGGGGUUUUCUUCAUUUCUUCUUCGUAAGGUAUGAAAUCUCAUGUUUUUACCAUAUAUUCAUAACUUUUUACCGUACAAUCAUAGAUUGAAAGAUUUUGAAUGUUUUUCAUUAAGUUUACCAUAGGAUUUCGUUUUUUUUUUUUUUAAAGAUAUGGAUCCUACAUGGCAGUGGUGCGAAAGGGUGAAGGAGAAUAACCGCUUGAAACUCAAAUAUAGCUUUUGUGGGAAUACAUUUUCAGGAGGGAUUAGUAGAAUGAAACACCAUUUAGCAGGGACCUCCAAAGAUGCGUCUCCUUGUGUUGGAGGACCAAACAAACUUUUGCCUCCAUUUAUGCGUCAGCAAUGAUUAGAUAUGCUUCAUGCUUUACGUCAAAAGAGGAUACAAAAAGAAAUUGAAGAGGCAGAUGUAGGCUAUAAUGAGCCUUUGGAAGAUGAAGAAGAAAAGGAAGAAGCUUAUGAAUGUGAUGAUGAAGAUGAUAGCAGUCUAAGAACAGAUUUGGAGACCUCAAGAGGUAGAGAUCGUAGAGGAAAAUGGAUCAUGUAUGAAGGAGGUCGAUCUGGCAUAACGAGCAUGAAGAGAAGAGGCACAGCAGAUAUUAGGGCCAGGUGUGGUAUGCGACCACCUAGUGGUAGAGUUCCUACUGGUAGGUCUAGUGUUGGUUCUAUUAAGAGUUUUUUCCCUUCAUAUACUAGCCCAGGUGGUCAGCCGCAGAUUCGUGCUCCUAUGACAUCUAAAGAUAUGCUAUAUCAUGCACACAAGAUGGUAGGGAAAUGGUUUUAUGAUGCAUGUAUUCCAUUUAAUGCAGCUAAUUUUUUUCAAUUCCAAGUCAUGGCAGAUGCAAUUGUUUCUAUACGCCCCGGAUUCAAAAUGUCAUCAUAUCAUCAGUUGAGGGGCAAAAUUCUUCAGGAUAUAGUCAAAGUGAACAUUGCGAUGAGUUGAAAUUAUGUUGGAAGGAAACAGGUUGCUCCAUUAUGUCAGAUGGAUGGACUGAUACAAGGUCAAGAACACUUGUAAAUUUUCUUGUUUAUUGCACUAAAGGUACAAUGUUCUUGAAAUCUCUUGACUUGUCUGGUGUUCCUAAGACUACUGAGACUUUGUUCAAUGUUUUUGAUAAUGUCGUACAAGAAGUUGGACCUGCAAACAUUGUACAGUUUAUUACAGAUAAUGCUGCAAAUUAUAGAGCUGCGGAAGAUUUGUUAUUUCAAAAGUAUAGAAAAUUUUAUUGGAGUCCAUGUGCCACUCAUUGUGUUAAUCUAAUGCUUCAAGAUCUUAAUGAGAUGCAUGAUAUGAAAUCAGCCAUUGACCAAUGUCAAAAGGUAACAAAAUUUAUCUGUAAUCAUGCAUAUGUAUUGAGUUUGAUGAGAAAGUUUACAAAAAGAGUUGAAUUAAUACGACCUGCACAAACUAGAUUUGCCACAAAUGUAUUGACUGUGGAGAGUGUGGUGAAACAAAGAACUCCUUUGAGGCAGAUGUUCGCUAGUGAAGAAUGGGCUGCAUAUCCACAUGCUCAUAAAAGAAAUGCUUCUUUAGUUGUGGAUAUUGUAUUCAAUAACGAAUUUUGGGAAUCAUGUGUGAAGCUAUUGAAGGUUUGUGUUCCAUUAGUUAAAGUUCUCAGGUUAGCUGACAGCGAUGAUAGACUUUCAAUAGGGUACUUGAAAGGCAACUUACUAUCUAUUGAUAAAGCAAAAGCGGCAAUUCGAGACAACUUGAAAGGAAAGAAAAAGUUAUAUAUGCCCAUAUGGAAGAUUAUAGAUAAAAGGUGGACUGGACAGCUUCAUCAACCUCUUCAUGCAGCAACUUACUAUCUAAAUCCUGCAAUUAGAUUUUCUCCUACAUUUAAGAAGGACAGAGAAGUCUUAGGUGGUUUGUUGGAUUAUAUUAACGUGUUAGUGGCAGAUUCUAGAGAACAAGAUGUUGUGCACAAUGAGUUGGAUGUAUAUGAUACUUGUUUUCGGAACAGGGGACAACCUGUCACCAUUCGAGCCAGGACAACCAUGCGUCCAGGUAAAUACAUAGAAAUUUUUAAUUUACUUUGCAUUUGUUACAUUUGAUUCUUUUAAAACUUUCACAUUGAUUUGUCAUAUUUUUGUUUAGAUUUGUGGUGGAAUAGGUAUGGGUUUGAUUGUCCAAACCUAGCACGUUUUGCAAUCAAAGUCCUCAGCCAGACAUGCAGUGCUAGUCGAUGCGAAAGGAACUGGAGUGUGUUCCAACAUAUCCAUAGCAAAAAAAAGGAAUAGGCUCGAACAUAAAAGGUUGAAUGACAUUGUCUUUGUUCGAUAUAAUAUGAGGUUGAAACAAAGAGAAUUAGAAAAAUCAUUAGCAAGGAAGCACACAUCUCAGUUCAAUCCUAUCAGCUUGGAAAAUUUUGACGAUCUAGAGCCAUGGAUUGAGAGAGAACCAACUACAAUAUUUGAUGAUGAAGAUCUUGAAUGCUUCAACCUUGAAGAAGGCUUUGUUGAUGAAGGAGAGUCUGCUACUGCUGGUGCUGAAUAUGUUGGUGAGGAUCUUCAAAUUCUUGACGAUGAAGAUAAAGAAGAAGAUGAAGAAGAAAAUGAAGAUGAAGAUGAUGAAGACUAUGAAUGAUGAAUCAUGGAUGAGAGUCAAGUCAAGAGUGCUUUCAUUUUAUAUGUAUCGAACGGCUUAAGAGUUAUGAAUCUAUGGUUGUUGAACACUUGAAUGUUUUAUCACUUUAUGGCUUAUGCUUUGUUGAAUGAUAUUGUUAUGAAUUUUGAUGUCUAUGAAUGAUGAACGUGUAAGUUUAUAGCAAUAAUAAGUCUAUCAUUAUCUCAAACAUGUUUUCUAUAAAUAAUUUAUUAUUUUUAAUUUUUUCUGAUUUUUUAUGAAUUUUUCGAUUUUUUUAAAUUUUUUCUGAUUUAUUAAUAUUUUUUUUUUAAAUUUACGAUACCGUUACGAUAUUUUACGAUACAGCGUAUCUUAAAGCCCGACCAAUAGGCUUACAAUAUGCGUUUUACAACAUUGGUUUGUUCUUUCUCAGUGCAAUAGGUAAAUCAUCUUUGACUACUUGUUCAUCUGCACACUUUUCAUCACAACCACCACCAUUAGAGGGACUUACCUCAAGAUCAAAAGAUGAGGAGGCAUGUCAUGUGUAAACCAGAGGGGAAUCAUGGAACUGAGAAACAACUGGAAUUGUAAGUUGUGGGGAUUGAGCUGGUGUAGAUUCUAAAGGAAUAGAAGUAGGGCUGCAAAACGAGUCGAGCCAACUCGGGCUCGACUCGAACUCGCUCGAUAAAUUCGACUUGAGCUCGACUCGAACUCGGGCUAGGAUUCUAUGUUAUAGUUAAUAUCCUUGUUAUAUGUGAAAUCUCCUAGGAUUCUAUGUUGUAGUUAAUAUCCUUGUAAUAUGUGAAGUCUCUUAGGUUUCUAUGAUGUACUUAAUGUCCUUGGAGCUUGUGAAAUCUCCUAGGAUUCUAUGAUUGGAGACUCUUAGAAUUCUGGAAAUGGGAUUAUAAAUAAAGGCCGUGCAAACCAUUUUGGCUACGACUUCUUCUCCUCAGUUUCUUCUUGUUUUCAUUCUCUCUCUCUCUCUCUCUCUCUCUCUCUUUCUCUCUCUCUCUCUCUCUUCCUGCGUGAGUACUGUUUUCUGGUUACAGAUAUUGGGGAUAGAUUUCUAUCAUGGUAUCAGAGCGCCAGGUUACGUUAUCUCUACCAAACGAAAUACCCAAACAGGUCUGAUCUGGUUAGAACUCUUUUCUCAUCUUGUCUCUAUCCUGAAUUUACUUUUCUCUUGCGCAAUUCUUGUUCCUUUUUCUUCUUGCUUACCUAAGGACACAUCUUGUUAUAUCGUGUCUUCUUUCCCUCUCAUCUUCUACCUAUAUACCAUUCCUUUCUGCUGUCAGGCAUGUCCUCAAGUUUUCUUCCUCACCAUAUUACCGAAAAACUCAACCAUGAGAGUUAUCUGAUUUGGAAAAGGCAAAUCAUGCCUUUCAUAAGAAGUCAAGGCCUCUUUGGACAUCUCGAUGGUUCAACAAAGGCUCCACCAAUAUCCGUUUUACAUGAAAUAAAAAAUGAGGAAAGAGAAGUUAUUGUUGUU